AAAAGUCUGAUGCCUGCAUCCUUUCAGGCUGUGGCUUGCAGCUUGGGCUGUUGCUCUGAGCACGAACUGGAAGAGACGCCAGUAGAGGAGCUGCCUGAGACGAUCUCCAGGGGUGAGCCUGGUGGUAAGAGGGCUUCUCUGAGUCCAGGUGUUCACAGGGAUGGUUACAAAAGCUCAGUGCUGUAGUGUAGGCAUGAUUAUAAAUGAGAUGAUUUAAACUUGAUCACUUCAGGUUUUCCAUAGCUUAAGUUUCAAUAUACAGAAGAUUUUGGUUUUUUUUUUCCAUUUUAAAAUUAUCAUGAUCAAGAGAGAUUCAGAAGUGUUUGCUUGUUUCUGUUUACUUGUAAACUUUGGAUUCCUUUUAUUUUUAAAUGGGUGGAAAAUAAAUGAGAUUUUUGUCCUAAAGAGAAGGUUUUAAUGUUUGACCCCAGAAGGGCGUCAUCUGGAUUAGUUUUUGAAAGUUUCUUGAAUUCCAGAUCUUUUAUUGAGUUCUCUUAAAUAGAAGGGAAAUACUCAAUUAUUUCAAGUUAAGCUUAACAGAUCAACUCUUUAUUUACCUCCGUGCAUGUGUACAUCACAUGCAGUGUGACCAGUUAUUGAUUUUAUGUUGUUUACUGGGCUAAUGUUGUUUUCUUCCAGCAAGGGAUAUCAGUUUCAAAGGUAGACUUGGGAAUGGUGAAGCCUUUGGAAAGGAGCUUUGUACCCAGAGAUGGGAAAGCUGGCACAUUACCCUAGUUUGCUUAAUAAAUGGGAUUUUUCAUAGAUGAGUCUCUAACUUCACCUUUUUUUCUUGUGAAUGUGAUUAAGGUCUUGGAGAAAAAUAGCUUUCAUCAAAGUGCCAAGUGAAAGUACAAAGGAAGCUGAGAAAAGAGCCAGUGUGCGCUCAGGUUGCUGAGUGCUGUACAGGAGCUUAAUGAACUAUGUAUUAACAUCCAUAAUAAUGUGGGGAUAUCUGAAUUCUUCAGUUAUUAGUGCUUCAUAGGGAGGCUGUAAGGGCUGCAUGCUAUUGUAAAUCAAGUUAAUGUGUACCAUAAACAGAGAUGGAGGUGUGCUUGGCUAAAAAUAAAGCUAUAAAGUAGAAAUGUGUUUCAUAAAGCAGAGUGAUACAGUAUUUCAUUUUUAUUUAUCCCAUCACUGUCUGUAGAAUAUUGCUAGCGUCACUUGCUAUCAGUCGUGUAGGAUCAAGCUGCAGAGCUAUUUGCUAAAUCUUGCCUGCAUUUCUUUGAAAUGUGUUAUGGCUUCUGGGCACUCCUUUUGUGCCUUUUCCAUAGGACCUUAAUGCACACCAUUGUGGGCAUCAAAUAGGUGUCCUGUGGAGAACAACAUGUGUACCUCAACAAAAUUUGGCAAAGCCAUUGCCUGUUAGAACAACAAAAUGGGAGAAAUGCUGUGAGAAGCAUACAAGCUUGACAGAUUUCUGACCAAAGGCGCACCUCCACGUUCACACAUACAUCUUAGAAAGCAGCAGGUUUGAGCUGGGCAUAACUUUCCUGCGCAGCGUUGUGUAGGCACUGAUAACGUCGGUCAGCUCAGCCAUACUUUCUGCACCGUGGUCAAAAUACCAACUACUUAAAAACUCAUUAGUGCCUACAAGGAGGGAAUACAGUGGUGCUUUGACAACGUGCUUUGAAGUGGAUGAGAAACAAGCUUGGGACUUACUGAAGUGCUCCUUCAAUCUUGCUUUUUGUAAGUUAAAUGUUUGGGCAUAUUUCAUGCUUUUUGGGAAGGGGUGUCUUGUGGGGAAGUGCUUUAGAAUUUAAAGCACAUUUGGUUGAAUGUGGAUGUAGUUGCUCUUAAUUGGAGGGGGAAAAUCUUAUCUGCUGCAGUUUAGUGCUGUUUCAUUUAGCAGGAAGGGCACGUGGUUGGGACAAAUUCAAAGAUUUUCCAGACCAAAGAGGCUCUGUUUCAAAAGAGCCCGAGGAGAUCUCUGCUGAAGACUAAACCAAGGAGAUGGUUUUUACGUGUAACAACAGAAGAUGAAGUGUGGGAAUUAUGCAACCUUUUCCUUGUCUGUGAGAUGGUCAAAUUCCCCUGCAAGGCUGAAAAAAUGCCUUUUGGGCACACCUGUGUAUCUGGACUGGUUUUUGAGGUAGGGACUUCACAGCCGCGGUAUCUCAGCACCAAUCUUGAGAUGUAACAGUAGUGGUCAGUGUUGAGGCAGUUGUGGGGCUGCAGAUGGGACUCGUGUUGUGUAAUGCAAAGAGAUUGCUGGGCUUUAUUAGGCUUGCUGAUGAGAGAUUGUUGAUGAGUCCUUUGGACGGGGGAGGAAUCUUCUUGCUGUGUAGGAAAACACAGAAUCUUGGAAUACCCCAUGUUGGAAGGAACCCAUAAGGGAUCACAGAGUCAAACAUCAAGCAGCUUCAGAGGCAGUUUGGUGUUGGAACGUAGCUGCUGUUUUGAUUACUUGUAAUUUGGUCAUUAGUUUUAAACCCUAUGAUAAAGUGCUGCUCCGUUUGAACAGCUUCUCAGAGGUGGUAUCUCAGGCUUCGUGCUGCCGAAUAGCAGGUGGGAAUGGCUGUGGUGAGCAAGCUGGAAAAUAAAGGGGGAAAUCUCACUCUGAGAAUCAUCAAGUGUUAAAAAGAGCUCAGCUUGGGACUUGGGUGAGUGAGCACUCAUAUAAAGGAACCUGCCUAUUGCUCUGCCUCCUGUCUAAUGCAUGGAAGACCAGGUGUGUCUGAUCACAGGAAGAGAAGAACGACCAAAAAAUCAGUACAGAGGUUUUGUAUGGCUGGUGUAACCGAAGCCAAGAGCAAAAUGGAGAAAGCUGCUGUUCUGUAAUUAACUGGGAAUUGCCUUGCUUUUCUGUUGUUGCGUGUCUGGCCCAGGGUAGCUGCUCCCUCUAAGUAUACUUGUCUAAUUGGAGCCUCUACAAAAUUCCUUGAUUGUCUGCUUUUCAGUCCUGAAAACCCAGAAGCAUUCCUGUUUCCCUCAUUGCCCCGACACAGCGCUUCAGUGAAGGAUUUCUUUGAAAACUUCCCUGAUCUCUUGGCAUCCAUCCCGCUGCCUUCUGCAGAAAGCUCUGGUGCUGCUCCCAGCUGUGACUGCCUGUCUCCUCCUCCCGCUCCCUCAGUCCACGUCAUCUGUCAUCUGGCAGCCAAACUGUGCUGACGGUACUUAAAGUAAACAACCUGAGUAUCCCAGCUGGUUUGCUGAAGACAUCUGUGAUUCCUGGAGCUGCUGUUGUCUAAAUAAGAACCUGUCCUGGUAGUACCUGGCUUCAACCCAGAAGCAUUCUCUUGGGUCCUGUAUGCAAGUCCAUGACGUACUGGAAACGAUGGGGAUUGGUAAGAAUACCACGUCGAAGUCAGUGGAGGCAGGAGGCUCAACAGAAGGCAAAUAUGAGGAUGAAUCCAAACAUCCCACCUUUUUCACUCUGCCUGUUGUGAUUAAUGGUGGAGCAACAUCGAGUGGUGAUCAGGAUACAGAAGACACAGAGUUGAUGGCCAUCUAUACUACAGAAAAUGGCAUAGCAGAAAAGAGUUCUUUGGCAGAGACACUGGACAGCACUGGCAGUUUAGAUGCUCAGAGAACUGAUAUGAUUUACACUAUUGAGGAUGUUCCUCCGUGGUAUCUCUGCAUAUUUUUGGGGUUACAGCACUAUUUAACAUGUUUCAGUGGAACUAUAGCAGUUCCCUUUUUGCUAGCUGAUGCCAUGUGUGUCGGAUUUGACCAGUGGGCCACCAGCCAGUUGAUUGGGACCAUUUUCUUCUGUGUGGGCAUCACUACAUUGUUACAAACAACUUUUGGAUGCAGGUUACCCUUGUUCCAGGCGAGUGCUUUUGCAUUCUUAGCACCCGCUCGAGCAAUACUCUCCCUGGAGAAGUGGAAAUGUAAUAAUACAGAUAUAACAGUUACAAAUGGAACAACAGAACUGCUUCACACUGAGCACAUCUGGUAUCCCAGGAUACGAGAGAUCCAAGGUGCUAUUAUCAUGUCCUCACUGAUAGAAGUGGUGAUUGGUUUGCUUGGCCUUCCUGGUGCCCUGCUGCGAUAUAUUGGACCUCUGACCAUCACACCAACUGUUGCUCUCAUCGGCCUCUCUGGUUUCCAAGCAGCUGGAGAAAGAGCAGGCAAACACUGGGGUAUCGCUAUGUUGACUAUUUUCCUCGUAUUGCUGUUUUCUCAGUAUGCCAGAAAUGUCAAAUUUCCCCUACCCAUUUACAAAUCAAAAAAAGGAUGGACAGCAUAUAGACUGCAGCUUUUUAAGAUGUUCCCUAUAAUUUUAGCGAUCUUGGUGUCGUGGUUGCUGUGCUUCAUCUUCACUGUGACAGAUGUCUUUCCCCCCGACAGCUCCAAGUACGGCUUCUAUGCUCGCACGGAUGCCCGACGAGGAGUGCUCUUAGUGGCUCCGUGGUUCAAGGUCCCUUAUCCCUUUCAGUGGGGACUGCCAACAAUUUCAGCUGCUGGAGUUAUAGGAAUGCUCAGCGCGGUUGUCGCUAGCAUUAUUGAAUCAAUAGGAGAUUACUAUGCCUGUGCCAGGUUGUCUUGUGCUCCUCCUCCUCCUAUUCAUGCGAUAAACAGAGGAAUUUUUAUUGAGGGUCUCUCCUGUGUUUUGGAUGGAGUAUUUGGGACAGGGAAUGGAUCCACUUCUUCCAGCCCUAACAUUGGUGUCCUGGGCAUCACGAAGGUUGGAAGCCGCAGGGUUAUUCAGUAUGGAGCAGCUUUCAUGCUUUUGCUUGGGAUGGUUGGCAAGUUCAGUGCUCUGUUUGCAUCCCUGCCUGACCCCGUGCUUGGUGCCCUCUUCUGCACUCUCUUUGGGAUGAUUACAGCUGUGGGUCUGUCUAACCUCCAGUUCAUAGAUCUGAAUUCUUCUCGCAACCUGUUUGUGCUUGGAUUUUCCAUUUUCUUUGGACUUGUCCUUCCCAGCUAUCUCAAACAGAAUCCACUGGUGACAGGAAUAGCAGGCAUCGAUCAAGUAUUGAAUGUUCUUCUCACUACAGCCAUGUUUGUUGGUGGCUGCGUUGCAUUCAUUUUGGAUAAUACCAUUCCAGGAAGCCCUGAAGAAAGGGGAAUACGGAAAUGGAAGAAAGGGGUUGGUAAAGGAAGCAAGUCAUUGGAAGGCAUGGAAACGUAUGAUUUGCCUUUUGGCAUGAACUUCAUCAAAAAAUACAGGUGUUUCAGCUUCCUGCCCAUCAGUCCUACCUUCAUGGGUUACACGUGGAAAGGCUUCAGGAAAAGCAGUAACUGCAGGAGUUCAGAUGAAGACUCAGAAGCUACAGUAUAGCCUUAGUUGAAACUAUAUUAUGUAGUUGUAGUAAAAGAUGUAUUUGCAGUUUCUUGCUGAUAAGAAGCAUUAAAAUAUAUGUUUUGUAUAUCUGCAUUUAAAUUCUGGAACCAGAGCUGAGACAGAUUUAAAAAAAAAAGAAAAAAAAGAGAGAAAAAAAGCUUUCCUGUUGUGGGUGGUGGUAGCCAGAUCUAGUGUCUCUGUUGGAUUCCUUUUCUUCCUUUUGUCCAAAGCUAUCGAUACCUGCGUACCAAGUCUGCUUAUUUUAGGUGGGACUUAGGUUCCUGAAAUAUGUAGGUGCUGUUGAGAAUGUUACUUUUUAUGGUGGUUUUAUUUAAGUCAUUUAUGCUGGCAUUUUUGGCUCGCUCAUUGCUGGCAAUGUUAGUCAUGCCAGAAAAUCUGAAUCCUGUGAAAAGGAAAAAGUAAUAAUUGCAAUUAUGCCUAAUCACGUCUCUUUUGUUUCUGACCACUGAUUUGCACAUUCCAUAGUUUCAGAUCCCUGGAAACCAGACUUAUUUUAAACUGGCAAAUCCCAAGACUAUUUUUCAGAUGGCUUGAUGGUUCAGUCAGAUGUCCAGCCUUACGGCAGAAGUUUCCAUAAGAACUCUGCCUGUGAAAACUCUGAAUGACUUCUGUUGGCUUCUUGCUUGAGAAAGAAUCACUCAUGUCGUAUCAGUUUGCAUUUUUGAAUUUCUCCAUUUUCUGCCUGGCUUUUUAACCACCCAACUGCUGUCCAGGAGUAGGUUCUUCUCUAGAGGGAUGUAGCUUGACUUUUGUAGAGAUGGGAGUCUUAACUUCCAGGUGGAGCCUGAUAGCAGUUCUGACAGGGCAAUGAAUGGAUGCAGCUGGAUGUUUCCUAAACAAGAAGGCUGCAGAAGUGGUUCAGAGGGAUUCACACCUGUGUGCACGUGAUCAGAAGGCAACCAGCUUUCACUGGUGUGCAUCUGUGCAUUUCUUAUUUGGAUGUUGAGAUCCAGUGCUGCCUGUGACUGGCUUCUGUUGCAUUGCCUCUUUUUUUACCUCUUUGUGGGAUUACUGUAAAAGCUCGCUACUUCUGCAGAAGUGAUCUUGAAUGGCAGAGACACUACAUUUGAUGUCCUCAUCCACUGGAUGGUUUAACGGGUAUUGGGUCCAACCAGGGCACCAUUCAGAUUUUUUUUUUCCUGGAAUAGUCUCAGCUCUGAUGUUGUGUGAGUGUUGAUGCUCAUCAUGCAUUCAUAAUUAAAAGUUUCAUUCAUGUUUAAUGUUCUUACUAUUGCAAGUUAGUUUUAGACUUCGGUGUGGCCCCAAAAGCAUUUUUAAGCUGUGGAGAUCAUCAGGGAAAUGUAGUGUAAUGUAAUUUCAAGGCCAGUAUGCUCUACAGUGCUUGCGUUUUGUGUUCCUGGAGAGACGUAACAGUAGAUCCUGUAAUUCACUGGUAUAUUUAUCGAGGUUUGACUACUGGACAGGAGCGCAGGAACUCUGCUUUCUGAGUCUACUUCCACGUGAAUUUGUUAUUGGUUAUUGAAGCAUGGAUGGGUUGGGGUGGGGAGGGCAAGGAAAGAGCUUUAUGGAUCAGUACUGAGUAGCGUAGGAUUGGAAUGGUUCCAUGGACAUCCUUUUUCAGCAUGUCAUGGCUGUUUCCAGAAACGUAAAAUAAUUCUGGCUUUUUUUUCCAUAACAAAGCAUGUGUUUGUUCCUGCUUCGGGGAACUCUCAGUAGUUUGCAGUCUUUGUGUCAGUCGGUCUAUCUUGAAAGCUAGUCAGAAGAGUUACUGUGUCAUAGACAAGGUUGGUUUGCCUUUAAAACUAAGUCAUUUUUGUCAUUUGAGAUUCUCCUCUACAGGUAGCGACACGUUAGAUUUUCACAUCCACUUACAAAUAGAUUUGAAUGUGGGGACUUCUAACUAGUGGCUCAGAGCUUCCAAAUUUCCCAACUUCACGUGCAACCAAAGAUGUGUGAGAGAGGUGGAGGAGUUGAAAUGAAUGGGCAAGGAAAGAAGGGAAAAUCCAGCUGUGUGUGGUGGUCAUUGUCACAGAAAAUGCCAAAGUUGAUUGUCAUAAAAAUGUUGAAAGAGGCAAAGGUUUGGUAUUCAGUGCACUGCCACCUCUUAAAUGCUGAAGCUCCUGGGAGCUGAGCACAGCAGUGAUUGCUGUGUCCUGAGGCUUUGCUCAACUUCCCCCCGGAUAUGAAUGCUUAACAUUGAAGAGAAGGCGGUGAGCAAUAGUGAUCUUCUCUCACCUUUGGAUGGAGUGAAGCUUUUUGUGUGCUUCACUGUCUUCACUUGAGCGUGUCAGCAAGAACUACCAAGGUGAUUUGUGACACGUGGGUUAAAUUAAGGCAAUGAAUCCAGGGAUUUUUUUCCUUCUUCCUGGGGCAGAACCACCCCUCUGCUGUGGCAUGGGCCAGGCCUAUCCAAAGAGGUGAAUCCAGAUGACUCUAUCCAACUUGGAUUUAAUUCUUUCUCAGCUUUUGUUUCUCCCAUGCUGAUUCUGUGGACUGGCUGAGAAGUGCAGUAGCAUUUAGCUGGCAUGCUUUGCUUUUCUAGCCACUUAACUCAGUUAACACUAAGAUAAAUAGUUGUAGUUAGCAGUCAUUUUUGUAACCAGAUCUGUAUUGUGCGUAAUGACACUGUCAAUCUUACUACAGACACAAACGAUAAGAGGUGAGCCUCAGUUCUGCAGUGGAGAUCUGCUGAAGCAUGUGUAAUGUAACGUGUAGCAAAAGGUGAUGGUGUUGGUGAUGUUUCCCUGGAUGUGCAGGGAAGGUUCUGAUGCAGCUGCUGCACCUUGAAUCUUUGUAUUGCAGCAUGCAUCUCUGUAGAGCUUUGAGGCAAGCAAAGAACAGCGCCGACAGGCAACUUGCCUUGGGAAGAGGAGCUCCCCUUUCUCCUGAUGCCCCUGGAGCAGUCCCAGGGUGCCACUCGAAGAUGCAGUGCGAUGCAAUGCUUACUUUCCUUUGUGAGGGAAGCACUGAAAUUGCCCCCGUUUUUGUGCAAGUGGCAGGCAGUCGUGGACCCUAAAUAUUCCUCCCUCGUCCACUUUUCUACAUUUGAGUCUCAGUGUGGCUGGUGUGAAAUGCCCUCACCUGGAGGAGCGCGGGUUGAGCUGCAGUGCAGCAGUUGCUGCUGGCUUGAACAGCACUUGAAUCCUCUGUUCACCGUUUCCAUCUGGGCUCGGAGUGCGAGGGCGGCUGGGAAUGGCUGACACGUGAGGCUGGUCCGAGUCUGUGGCUGCCUGCCUUCAAAGCGCAGUGCUGAGCAAAGCUGCCUGCAGCAGACAACAGCUGGUGGACGAGCAAAGAGGCACUGAGACGUUUUGACCAAGCGUUGAGGUGGAAGGGCAAAUAUUCAUGGUAGAAGUAUCACUUUGUCAUACCAGAGAUGGCUUAAAACGUGUGCAAAAGGACACAACUUCGGGCUUUUGUAAUCGCUCUUGUAUUUUUUUAAGGUUAAAUUAAGGAUUGUUGCUAACAUGGCGAAACACGUUUUCCUAAAGCAAGUGUGUGCAAAUUGCAGAAAUGUAGGUGUCAAGGCGAGCUCGGCUGUGGCUGGCUGAUGUUGUCAUAUUGGAAUGUGCUGGCGGGACGUGAGCGGUUGCCUCGCUCAGAAAGUUCAACCUUUAAACCCAGAAUUUGCUUUAUGCCUUUUAAUACUGACUUGAAAUAUGACAACUUGGUUUGUACAUGAAUAUUGCAGUAUUUUAUUUCCAUAUAUUAAGAAUAACAUUUCCACUCAGGAUAAUGACUGCAGUUUUCCUGGGAGGGAGUGGUAUGAUUGUCAUGACAAUGUCAUGUGAUGGUAGAAUUUCUUCAUUGACGAAUCUAUAGUAGUUGUGUAUACUUUAUUUACCCAUCCUUAUGUUCCUACAAAAACUGAAGGGUUUCUUUGUUCAUCUCCCUACUGAGAUCUCAGUACUCCGGUGCAGAAUUGGCUCUUGCAAACUGAAAUCCUCAGUGCUGUUGGUACCAGUCGUGUGUCCGUGGCAGAAGGUGUUCACGUGUGGACAGGCAGCCCUGCAGGCACACGUGGUUUAUAGCAGCCAGCUUCCAGUGGCUUUGGUUAGCCGUUGGAUGUUCGCACCAUCUGAUACAACCUGUGCUUAACGUGACUUGUGUAUCGGCGUAGAGGGUGCAUGUGACAGACCAGCACAACCCACAGUGUUCCUCUGGUGUGGCCUUCUUCAACCGAAACCUGCCUGAGUACGCGGCUCUCGUCUCCCUUUUCCCCCUCCUGUCCCACUUGGGGCUUUGCACCGUUCCUUGCCGAGGCCGACGGCCUUCUUGGGGCAGGGGAUGGCACACAUGCAGUGCUCUCACGUUUCUGCAGCUACAACAGGUCAUUACAGUAUUGGAGGAGGCCACAAGUUUGCCAGUGUUGGGCUUCUGCCCGCGAGUCCAUCCGGCUGAGUGCUGGGCUGCACUGGGGAUCUGUGCUUAGAAACAUCCCAGCUAUUCCUGUCUAGUUCUGAUUCGACUGUGACUGUGCGUUGUCAUCCGUACGUAUUGAUAUCAGAGAGAUUUAGAAUUGCCUCGUGUGUUAUCUGGCAUUUUUUACAUCUUUCCAGGUCAGCCAUCCUGCUGCCAGUCCAAAUUCUUGUACUUUGUCUCUUUAUGACAACCUUGGGCGUAACAAACUAUUGACUGUUCUUAGGCAGUGGGGAUAAAUCUUUCUUUCUUUCUCACGAUUUUUUGUGACUGACUUUGGCUGUAAAACUUCUUUGUUAAGCAAGAGGGUUUUUCUUCCUUUUUCCCUCCUUUCCCCCUUUUGUUGUUCUGAGAUGUGUAAUUCUUUUAUGGAGUUUUUUUUUUUAAUUUCGUAUUUUUUUCUAACAUGGCUUCAUUAAACAAAUAUUUAAAAAUGUAAUAUUUGGACCAGAUGUUGUGAAUAAUAGUAGAUAAAGCUAUUUUAUUCUGUAUUUUUAAAGCUGUUCAGUAUAAAUAAACACGGGCAUAGACGCAA